AUGAAGAUCGCUGGCUUCCUGUGUCGGUCGCUCUGGCCGGAAUUUCUACGGUUUAAAUCCGCCAAUUACUGCAAGGGAAAUCAACAUGGAUCUCAAAUUUACGGGCGUGCAACCUGGUACAACGAGAUAUAUGUCAUCGUGUACACAUGGUACUUCUUAAACGAAUGGGCCACUUCACGCCAAGGCUGGCAGACUUGUGCCUUGUGGGUCGACAAUCCUGACAACGUAUCCCCGAACAUCUUGGCUGUGUCGGUGUCGUCUCCUAAUCGCAGAUUCACGAAACACCUUUAUCCAAAACCCCCCACAGUGGAUGGCACGAAUGUAAAACUCAGGUAUUUUCUGAAUGACUGGGCCAUGCCUCUCUUUGAAGUCGAAAUCACUGAUCUUAAAGGUGGCUUUCAGGAUCUGAUCAUGUGGCAGCAACUUACGGAGGAGGCUCGUUGUGCUCUUAAUCAAACGAGCUAUGGCAACAGGCAAAUGCCCAUCAAUGAAAACAACUUUUGGACCACCCUGGAAGAAGCGUACCCUUCUGAGUGA